AUGAUCGGGUCGAGUACCAGCCGGCCACCGCGCCGCCGCCAACUCGGACCGUGGCCUCCCGCCCAAUGUCGGCGCACCAGCCCUACAACCAACGCCGGCAGGGACCACAAAAGCAAAACCACGCGGACCGGCCCAUUUCCGCGAAACCGAACCUGCAGGAGAACAAGGCCUCCGCGUCCUCUGCUCAGAUCCUGGAUGGCUCAUCUUCGUCCCCGAACCGAUACAGGACCAGUCCGGACAGAAAUUAUUUCGCGGCAGGUGCUGGUUCCGGUGUCGGCGCUUAUCAGCAGCAAGUACCAAUGCCGACGAACAUGGCAAAACCGCUUUUCUCCUACAACACCGCCGCGUCGUCCUCAACUGCCCGCGGAAUGA